CCAAUACGUAUUUUAUAGUGGAGGAAAGGGUUUGAUUACUGCAUUUAUUUGUUUUUCUCAAUUGUGGUGGUAUUAAAACCUUUUGCUGAAAACCUCUUCUAAACACUUUUUGGUGUAAACCUUGUUUUCAAAAAAGAAAAAAAAAACUUUUAUCACUCUUGACGAUGCCAUCUCCUCUGGUCAUGAUUUCAGUUGACGAUUCAUGUUAGACGACCCUGAAUCACCUUGGGAAUAAGGCUUAGUUGUUGUUGUUGUAGUAUUGGUAUAUCCUCUUCCUACUUUUCCCCUCACUUCCCGUACCCCUUCUUCUAUGAAUUGCACAUUUGCACCACUAGAGCCGCCACCACCACCACCAAUUUUCCGACGAGCUUGACAUUAUUACCGACUGCUGAGAAUCCUAAAAUUGAAAUUAAAUCAAUUUUUUGGUGUUGCCUGCCAUCUGUUCGACAAAAGUCCUGAGAGAAAUGUUAUCCUUUUCAAUGUUAUGAUUAGGAGCUAUGUGACCCAUCAACAGUACCAUUUACCAAGAUGUUCUUUGGGUGUUCAAGAUUCAUGGAAAGGCCAGAGUCUAAAAGGAGUCCUUCCAAGAUCUCUUGCAAAGCUUCCCCACCUUAAGACUUUUGAUCUUGCAAGAAGCCUUCUUACGGGAACAAUCCCACAAGAAUGGACUGCUACAAAGUUGGAAUACUUGUCCGUUUUCGCGAAUUGUUUAUCAGGACGAAUUCCAGACUAUUUGGGAAACAUAAGCACCCUAACAUAUUUAAGCCUGGAAAGCAAUCAAUUCAAUGGAACAGUUCCUUCUCAGCUUGGGAAUUUAAUCAACUUGAGCAACCUAACUCUAAGCGACAACAUGCUUACAGGAUCCUUGCCAGUUGAGUUAAAGAAACUUAAUAAUCUGACAGAACUUCGAUUAAGCAGUAACAACUUCAGUGGACGACUACCUAAUUAUUUUCAGAAUUGGACCAAACUUCGAGCCCUAGAAAUUCAAGGUAGUGGGUUUGAAGGGCCAUUACCACCUAGUAUUUUUCUUCUUCAUGAUCUACAAGAAUUGAGAAUCACUGACUUGAAUGGAGAUGGCUCUAAGUUUCCACCUUUGGAAAAUUCGAGAAAAUUGACAACAUUGGUUCUAAGGAAUUGCAACAUCACAGGAGUUAUUCCCCCAUAUAUAGGACAAUAUAUGCCGCAAUUGAUCCACUUAGAUCUUAGCUUCAACAAUUUCACCGGAGGGAUUCCAGAUAGUUUCCAACUUCUGUACUUAUUGCGAAAACUGUAUCUGACAAGCAAUAUGUUAUCUGGAGGUGUUCCAAGCUGGAUCACAGACUCGGAUGACAGUAGCCGUAUAGAUCUUUCUUACAACAAUUUUGAUGAUAGUUAUUUACCAUCGCGUUGUGAGAAAGUAACUCUAAACUUGUACAGAAGCAAUGCAAGGGAAUCAAACUUAGAUUCGAGUGUGUGCAUCAGAAGCUUAAAAUGUUCUAAAGUUCGGUACUCGUUGCAUAUCAAUUGUGGAGGACAAGAAACCAGAAUUGGAAAUACUACCUUUCAACAAGAUGAUGAGUUUGAAGGUGCUGCAAAAUUUCUUCCAAGAAAAGCAGAGUGGGGAUACAGUAGUAGUGGGGAGUUUUGGAAUCCUAGAUUUCCUUUCGCUAACUAUAUAGCGCAAGACAAUUCUACACUAACAAUGAACGAUACAGAGCUUUACAAGCAAGCCAGACUUGCUGCUACGUCUCUGACUUACUACGCUCGUUGCCUAGCAAAAGGAAACUACACUGUAACUCUUUACUUCUCUGAGAUUGUCUUUCGUAACAACAAUUCAUUUUGGAGUCUCGGACGACGAUUCUUUGAUAUUUAUAUUCAGGAGAAGUUGGUCGUCAAGGACUUUAACAUCGAGAAAGCGGCAAAUGGAACCAAUAAGGCGUUUACAAUGUCUUUUCCACAUAUAUUUGUUACCAAUUAUGUGGAAAUUCGCUUCUACUAUGCAGGAAAAGGGAGCUGGCAGAUACCAGUAAGAGGAAAUUAUGGUCCUCUUAUCUCCGCAAUUUCGGUACAGUCAGAAUUCGACCCUCCUUUUAACUGGAGAAUGCUUGUGUGGAUCUUAAUUGGGAUUAUACUGUGUAUCUUCGGUAUUGUCCUUGCUAUAUGUUGGUGGAAGCGCCGUUUGGCAGAAAUAGCAUUAAGGGAACAAGAUCUGCUUGGACAAAAUCCGAAAAUUGGUUUAUACUCUUACAAACAAAUCAAGACUGCUUGUAACAACUUUAAUGCUGCUAACAAGAUCGGACAAGGUGGAUUUGGUUGUGUGUACAAGGGAAAAUUGGGUGAUGGUACUCGUAUUGCUGUGAAACAACUUUCUUCUACAUCAUCCCAAGGGAACCGAGAAUUUGUGAAUGAGAUUGGCAUAAUUUCUACUUUAUUCCAUCCAAACCUUGUAAGAUUGUAUGGGUGUAGCGUUGAUACAAGACAACUAUUCUUGGUUUAUGAAUAUAUGGAGAACAAUGACCUUGGACAUGCAUUAUUUGCUGAAGGUUCAAAUAAUGUUCGGUUGAGAUUAAACUGGCCAACAAGGAAAAAGAUUUGUGUAGGCAUUGCUAGGGGUUUGGCCUUCCUGCAUGACGAAUCAACACUUAAAAUUGUUCAUAGAGAUAUUAAAGCUACCAAUGUAUUGCUCGAUCGUGACCUUAACCCUAAAAUCUCCGAUUUUGGAUUGGCCAAGCUCAAUGAAGAAGAAAAUACUCAUAUUAGCACUAGAGUUGCUGGAACAAUAGGAUACAUGGCUCCAGAAUAUGCAAUGCGCGGUUACUUGACAGACAAGGCUGAUGUUUAUAGUUUUGGAGUUCUCGCAUUAGAAAUAGUAGCUGGAAGAAGCAACAUGAAAUUUCAACCAAGUGGAGAUCCUUUUUGUCUACUUGAUUGGGCCUUUGUUCUUCAACGAAAAGGAAACUUGACGGAGCUAGUAGAUCCAACAUUGGGAGUAAAUUUCGACGAAGAAGAAGCAUCAACGAUCAUUCAGGUUGCGCUACUCUGCCUUAAUCCAUCUCCAUCGCUUAGACCUACAAUGUCAAAGGCGCUAAGCAUGCUUGAAGGAAACAUAGAGGUAGAUGAACUAAUUUUGGAGCCUAAUAACUCAUUUGGUCAUGAGUGGAUGUAUGGAACAUCUAAGAGUUGGCAAAGUCAGAUGACUGAAUCAGAAAGUUUAAGCCUAAUACAUUCUUCUGGUGCACCUAUGCUCGAAUUUUUGUCUUCAACAUCUCUACAUGAUCUUUAUCCAGUUGAUAAUUACUACUAAUUAUUAUUCAAGCAACAGCCAUGCACAAUCCUGCAUGAAGAACUCUUUUGUGAUUGUGGUUGAACUUUUUGACAGACAGUAAAUGUGUAAUUUAUCUUGUUGAUGAAUGAGGAGAUUUUAGGAGUACAAAACUGGUCUUUUUCCUACGUAUUGUAUUGUGGGGUAGAAAAGUGGAGCCUGAAGUAGGUAUAGAGAAGGAAAAAAUUGAAGAUGAUGGAAGUUGUGACUUGGGAACUAGGUGGGCAAUUUAUGUGGUGGCUGUAAAUUAAUGAAGAGGGUAAUCAUGUCUUAUACGUAUUGUUGUUCGUCUGUACCCCCAAAUUCAAAUUCCUACUAAUCUUAGUAGAUACCAAACCAAACUGAACCCUUCAAAAUUCUUACCUUUUACUAUUGCAGUAAAAACAUUGCACAAAUUUUUUACACCCAGUUUCCUACUAAUCUUUCUACAAUGAUUCUUAAAGCUUAAAGCUUUGCUAACUUGGUUAUAUUUGACUCUAUAUAUGUAUACAUUCCUGGCC